AUGACACGCAACUCCACGACCACCAGCGAUCGCCCUUUGGUGGACGCAAUCGAUGCACCGCCUUCUAGCAGUCACGACCUUGCAGACGCUUGCUCCUAUUCAGAAAACGGUCUGGAACGCUACUCGAACCGCCUGCUACAAUCACGCGUCGGGCGCGACCAGCAACGAUACGACGGGAACACCCGCUUGCUGGUGUGUAUCGCUGUCGUGUCGCGUCGUGCGAGACACGUUGGCACGGACACGGACGAGUGUCUGCUCAUUUCGAGCUCGAAACACCCGACGCAGUGGAUCUUGCCGAAAGGAGGAUGGGAGACGGACGAGUCGGUCGUUGAGAGUGCUCUGCGUGAAGCAAACGAGGAAGCAGGGGUGGCAGGCCACAUUGACAACUCGCUAGGCACGCUCGACUUUGUGAGCCAGCAAGGCAAGCCGUGCCGCUUCUACGGCUUUAAACUACAAGUCACCGAGAUCUUUGACGACUGGGCCGAGAACACGCGCUUGCGAAAGUGGGUAUCUUUUGCGGAGGCUCGCGAGCUGCUCCAGCAUCGACCUGAACUCUUGGAGAUGAUGUCGCGCGCGGCAGCCACGACUUGA